AUGAUUACCUCGACCUCGAUGCCGUCUGCAACGGCGACGCUCACCAAUCGACCAGAUGUCGUCGCCGACCGAGUUCUGCGGAGAGCAGAGCUGGGCAAGAUGGCUCGCCGACUCCAAAACCGCCUUGCCCUUGCCCAGUUCAAAACUCGCCAUGGCUGGGAAGACCUUUCCUUCGACGUGAUCGAGCCCAAGUACGAGGACGAGUUGCGGCGGAAGCGGGGGUCCGACGGAGACGUCAUGUCGGACUCUUCAUCCAGCACAUCCGACAUGGCGUACCCUUCCGGCCGUACACUAAUGAGCUCCCCCCUUAAAGCACCACUCUUCUCCGAUGCCAUCGGCUCCAGCAACGGCAGCACAGGCCACCGCAAGCGGACCUAUGUGGCAUCCUUCGACGAUCUCAACCACGUCCCACACCACAGCGGCCGCCGCGCCAGCUAUAUCAUGUCCAGCCCCAGCAAGCGCUACCGGUCAUCGCCACCUUCAAACAGACACGUUUCAGGCCCGUUGACGUCGUCCUACUUGCCACUGGAAGGUGCUUCUUUCUCCGGCCACGCCUCCUGGAAGGACCACCACCAACUGUCGCACAGCUCGCCCAUCAAACCGAAACGCCAGCAGCACUUCACGACAACAGCAGGACCUGAUGUGUCCUUGUUCCCGGGCACACGCCGCAUUGCCGACGCUCUGUCUGUUGUGAACUACAAUGCCAAUCAGUCUAGCGACGACGAGCUUUUGCCGACACACUCGUUCCGCACCAGCAGCAUGUCUCUGGGGCCUUCGACCUCCGGUCUGACAUCGACUGUCGCAGGCAGCCACGCCACCCGUACCGGGUCGCCACCCAGCACACCUCCGAUGCGCCACCGUGGCCUGCCAAAUGGCAACGGCCGUCGCAAGAAGAAGGCCACUGGCAACGAUAUUCUAGAAGACGACGAGAACAACCACACUGGCUUGGGUAUCGACCAGGUUGAAGGCGCGGGUGGCAAGUCCGGCGUCGAAGGCGCCGACCUUCUUCUUUUCCUUGCCGCCUCGCCUUCACCAGCCAACCCCAACGGUCGCAGCCGCAUGGAUCCGCCGUCGACACCGCCGUCCAAGUUCAACAACCUAGCCCUGCCGUCGUCGAUGAUGACUACGCCUGGUGGCGGCAGCAUGUUCCCCAAUACCCCCGGCCAAGCUUUUGACUUUGCUGACUUCGUCAACAUUACGCCCAGCCCAGCACAAAAGCCUUGGAAGACACCCAACUUGCUGGGAUCCAAGACCCCGAUGAGUGUCACCCGCCGGCGCCUCACGUUUGACGAGCCUCUGUGA